AUGAGUGCGUCUUCCGUCCCUCGUUCCAAUGAGGCAAGAGUGAAGACAAGUGCCAGUGCCUCCUCCGCCAUCUCACCGGCUGGCGAAGGAGGAGCCGCCAUGCAGCCAGCUCCCAGAAAUGUUUCCUCCUCUUCCUCCUUGCAGGGCGGGGUGUCCUUUGAAGAGGUGGCCGUGCAUUUCACCAAGGAGGAACGGGCCCUGCUGCGGCCCCCCCAAAGGGCGCUGCACAAGGAAGUGAUGCUGGAGAACUUUCGGAACGUGUCUUCUCUGGGUCCUCUGAUUGCUAAGCCCGAGCUCAUAUCCCAGCUUGAAGAGGAAGAGGAGGUGUUUCUUGGGAUCUUUGAUGAAGAGGAGGAACUGGCAGAGUUCACGCCGCAAUUCUUUUCUCUUUCCACACAUAAAAGAAUUCACACACGGGAGACCAACUAUAAAUGCUUGAAUGGUGGGAAAAGCUACAACAACAGUGGAAGCCUUAUUUCCCAUGGAAGAAUUCAUACAGGGCAGAAACCAUAUAAAUGCCUGGUCUGUGGAAAAAGCUUCAGUGAGAGUGGAAAUCUUACUUCCCAUCAACGAAUUCACACAGGGGAGAAACGAUACAAAUGCCUGGAGUGUGGAAAAGGCUUCAGUCAGAGGGUACAUCUCACUUCCCAUCAAAGAAUUCACACAGGGGAGAAACCAUACAAAUGCCUGGAGUGUGUCAAAGCCUUCAGUCACAGCGCAAGUCUUACUGCACAUCAGAGAAUUCACACAGGGGAGAAACCGUAUAAAUGCCUGGUCUGUGGAAAAAGCUUCAGUGAGAGUGGAACUCUUAAUUCCCAUCAAAGAAUUCACACAGCGGAGAAACCAUACAAAUGCCUGGAGUGUGGCAAAGCCUUCAGUCGCACCACAAGUCUUACUGCACAUCAGAGAGUUCACACAGGGGAGAAACCUUACAAAUGCCUAGAGUGUGGAAAAAGCUUCAGUGAGAGUGGAAAACUUACUUGCCAUCAAAGAAUUCACACAGGGGAGAAACCAUAUCAAUGCCUGGAAUGUGGAAAAGACUUCAACAGCCCGCCUCCUUUCCGUCCGCACCCCAGGGAAUCGCCGGCACCCCCCAAAGACCUCGAGCGUGUCAAAUCGGUAGAGUCGUCUCUCCUCCUCAUCCCCAUCGUAAUGAAACGAGUCAAUUAG